CCAUCCCCGGCCUUUCCAGGUCCCCUCUUCCGGUGAACCGGAUGCUCUGUCUGUUUCCUCCUCUGUCUGUUUCCUCCUCCUCGCCCUCGGCCCCCGCGCGCGUCCCUGGCCAAGCCUCAGGCACCCACGAAGGCAGAGGCAGGGGGCUUCCGGCGGUUGGCCUGACAGGUGUGAGUGGCCGGUAGGAGCUGGGCGCGCACGGUUGCAGAGCGUGGAGGAGACACUGCCCUGCGGCGAUGGGUGCCAAGGGCGCUCCUUCACGCCGGAGGCCGGCGGGGCGGCGACUGCGCUACCUGCCCACCGGGAGCUUCCCCUUUCUCCUCCUCCUGUUGCUCCUCUGCAUCCAGCUCGGCGGGGGGCAGAAGAAAAAAGAGAAUCUUUUAGCUGAGAAGGUAGAGCAGUUGAUGGAAUGGAGUUCCAGGCGCUCAAUCUUCCGAAUGAAUGGUGAUAAAUUCCGAAAAUUUAUAAAGGCACCACCUCGAAACUAUUCUAUGAUUGUUAUGUUUACUGCUCUUCAGCCUCAGCGGCAGUGUUCUGUGUGCAGGCAGGCUAAUGAAGAAUAUCAAAUACUGGCUAACUCUUGGCGCUAUUCAUCUGCUUUCUGUAACAAACUCUUCUUUAGUAUGGUGGACUAUGAUGAAGGGACAGAUGUUUUUCAACAGCUGAACAUGAACUCUGCUCCUACAUUCAUGCAUUUUCCUCCAAAAGGCAGACCCAAGAGGGCUGAUACUUUUGACCUUCAAAGAAUUGGAUUUGCAGCUGAACAACUAGCAAAGUGGAUUGCUGACAGAACGGAUGUUCAUAUCCGUGUCUUCAGACCACCCAACUACUCUGGUACCAUUGCUUUGGCCCUGUUAGUGUCACUUGUUGGUGGCUUGCUUUACUUAAGAAGGAACAAUUUGGAGUUCAUCUAUAACAAAACUGGUUGGGCCAUGGUGUCUCUGUGUAUAGUCUUUGCUAUGACUUCUGGCCAGAUGUGGAAUCAUAUCCGUGGGCCUCCAUAUGCUCAUAAAAACCCGCACAAUGGACAAGUGAGCUACAUUCAUGGGAGCAGCCAGGCUCAAUUUGUCGCAGAGUCACACAUCAUUCUGGUACUAAAUGCUGCUAUCACCAUGGGGAUGGUUCUUCUAAAUGAAGCGGCAACAUCCAAAGGAGAUGUUGGAAAAAGACGGAUAAUUUGCCUAGUGGGAUUAGGCCUAGUGGUCUUCUUCUUCAGUUUUCUACUUUCAAUAUUUCGUUCCAAGUACCAUGGCUAUCCUUACAGCUUUUUAAUUAAAUGAAGCCAAGUGGGAUUUACAUAAAGUGAAUGUUUACCGUGAAGAUAAAGUGUUCCUGUCAUACUAAUUUGAGUUCUUGAGUUCAUUUUCUUGUUCACUGUGAUAAUCUAGCUUAUGCUUAUAUGAUUUUUUAAAUGUGAGUUUUUCUAGUAAAUUUAAUUUAUAGAAGUGGAUGAUUAAAUUUAAAUAUUAGCACUGAAGAACAAAGGAAACAUUGAAGUGUUUUUCAAGCAAAUUAUAUUCCGUGUAUGUGCUACAGGAUUGAAAUAAACGACAAUGUGAUUAUG